CUUUGUUUUUUUCUCGUUUGUCUCAUCUUUCAACAACCUGAUAACAACCAAAUUACAAUUCGUCCUUAUCGCAAGGGACGAUUCUCUCACGAGCAUAACCGUCAUUUUACAACGUUCAAACCUUAAUCUCUUGUACAAUACUCUGUGAUUAUAAGAAGACAAACACAAUCAUUCUACUUAUAUUUAUAAAAGCAAACCCUCUCAGCAGCUCAGAGUGUUUGAUAAAUCUUCCUCCAAGUCAACAUAAGCAACUCUGUUUCUCCUUUUACCCCAUCUCUAAUAUUAUUUGAUCAAACUAAUUGCACGUUGCAGAUUAAUCAGAAGAAAAUGGAUAAGAUUGCGGAUUUUUACAUAAAUCUCAUGAAGCACACUUGUAAGAGAAGAGUUAAACGUAGCAGCUGAGUAAUAACAUUUAUUACGUCCAACACUUCAACACCUUCGACAUGAUCUAAGAACAAAGAAAAGAAAGCAAAAAAAAAACAUAGCCUUCAAAAGCCUAACAUCCCAAAAAAAAAAAAAAAAGAGUUAGAUCUUACUUUCUCAAAGACAAUGAGAGUUUGACAAAACUUUUCUCCUCUCUUUUAUUACUCUUUUCUCUCUCUAAGAGCAUUGCUUGUGUUGGUAGUUCUCAAACCGGGUCCAACAAUGUCAUUCACACCAGGUCACGAUCUAUAAGGAAACAGAUACACAUAGUCAAAAGCACAACUACAAAGUGUGACUAUACGUUUUUGCAUCCCAUGGAAGAAAGGAUACUGAUACGUACGAAGCAGAACGACCGCCGAUCCUGUUUCACUAUAGGAGAAGAGGACAAACAUCUGAGAAAUGAUGAGAAGGACAGCUGGCUAGCGAGUAGAGUCGAGUAAGAAUAAAGGAAUAAAGGUCGUUAUCAAGAAGAUCUGCAGCACAUGGCCUGUCGAGGAUGUGCUGACGUGACUCGCAAACGUUUGAGGAAACGCAGAACGCUUGUGGGCAUUCACGAGAUCCUAGGAGUCUAUAAAAGAGAGGAGAGAGUAGUUGGUUAUGUCAUCAUUGGAUUGAUCAAAGUUGUAGUAGGGAGAGAGAGUCCUUUAACGUCUCUGUAAUACUUUGUUCAGUGAAUACAAACAAUCUUUUCUCCUAAGUUCUGAGAGUUCAUACUUAAGAAAUAAGUUGAUCUUAUUAACUUGGUAUCAGAGCUCGUAGAUCUAAGGGAAACGAUGGCACCAAAGAGAAACGAGGCAGAAUCAACCGCGGACCAGAUGCAGCAGCAGAUGGGUCGCAUCUCACUUCUGGAGCAGAGCAUGACCAAGGUCGAUGCGAUGGAGCAGACCUUGGCGGUGAUGCAACAGCAGAUGAGCGCUUUCUUUGGCCGGUUGGAGCAGGAGAAGAACGAGCAGGCGAGAGAGAAGGCUCGUUCGCUCGAAGCCGCCAAAGGAAAAGCUCAUCAGGAAGAAGAAACAUCAGUCGGAGAAGGAUCUUCACCGGUAACGACUAAAGCCGGCCAGGUCCUGGAUCAGACACCGAUUUCGGUGGAGGAAGAAGGAUCAGAGAGGAAGGGAGCGUUUUCUCAGGGAUCCAGUCAGAUGGAGGAAGACUAUCGGAACAAAAGAUUGGCCCGCCGGCUUGAGCUACCCUUGUUCGAUGGCGAACAAGCAGAUAGCUGGGUGCUGAGGGCGGAUCAGUAUUUUGAGAUCAGUGAGUUCACAGAGGAACAGAAGCUGAAAGCGGUGAAGAUGUGUUUCGUUGAAGACGCACUUUUGUGGUAUCGUUGGGAGCGUGAUAGAGACCCAUUCCGGAGUUGGAGUCAGCUGAAGGAGAGGGUGUUGGAGCAAUACUCGACGGCGAGAGAUACGUCAGCCGGCGAGAGGCUCCUCCGCCUCCGACAGGAAGGGUCUGUCAAAGACUACUGUCGGGAGUUUAUAUCGCUGGCGACAAACGCACCGGAGCUGACGGACGCGGUGUUGGAAAUGGCGUUCAUGAAUGGGUUAAAACCACGCAUUCGAGCGGGAGUGAGAAUGUUCGAGCCAAAAACGUUGCAAAAGAUGAUGAGUUUAGCUCGGAAGGUGGAAGAAUGGGAGGGAGACAACGGGGAAGACGAUUCGAAACCCUACCCCAGUUUAGCAGGCCGUAACCCGAAACCCAAUAACCGCAGUGACGAGACGACUAAUAAGUUGAGCUUUAAUGGGCCUAAUCAACAAAAGUCCAAGCCCAACUACACGUCAAGCCUGUCACCGCAGAAGGACAAAGGGGUUGCGGGAAAGACUACGACCUAUCACAAUAGGGUAAAGGCUCCGUUUCGCCGUCUGACGCCGGCAGAGAUCGAGCAACGGAGGUCGGCCGGUCUCUGUUUUCGCUGCGACGAGAAGUUCUUCCGGAACCACAAGUGUCCCAAGCCGGAACUCACGGUGUUGAUUAUGCACGACGAUGGGAAGGAAGAGGUGUUCGACGAAGAGCCGUGUGAGCUGCUAGAUGAGGAGGAGAACGAAGUCGAGGCAGUGGUGGCAGAGGUCUCAAUUAGCUCUGUUGUUGGUCUGACCUCAUCUCGCACGAUGAAGUUAAAAGGGGAGUUGGGAGGAGAGGAGGUGACUGUCCUUAUCGACAGCGGCGCCUCUCACAAUUUCAUUUCGGAGAAGAUGGCUAGUCGAAUGGGACUCAUAACGAAGAACACAACACGCUACGGGGUAAUGGUGGCUGGUGGAGUUAAAGUGCAAGGGAGAGGGGUGAUUACAGGAGUAGAGUUGAAGUUGCAAGACUGUACCAUUCACACGAGUUUUCUGCCUCUGGAGCUGGGUAUAGCAGACGUGAUUUUGGGAGUACAGUGGCUCGACACACUGGGUGAAAUGCGAGUUAACUGGAAACUGCAGAGGAUGAAAAUCAGGUUGUCUGGGGAGUGGGUUCUGAUACAGGGAGAUCCCAGCCUUCAUUCAGCAGGAGUGUCUUUGAAGUCGAUUUGGAAAACGUUGGAGGAAGAAGGAGAGGGUAUUGUAGUGGAGUUUGGAGGAUUGCAGGCUGGGGAAACGGGAUUUCCCGUGACCGUCGAUCAGGAGUGGCAGGCCGUGUUGGGACAGUACGCUGGGGUGUUUCAAGAACCCACAGGACUGCCACCAUCAAGAGGGAAGGAGCACGCUAUAUUGCUGGAGGCAGGAGCCAGUCCCGUUAGUGUCAGACCAUUCCGUUAUCCUCAAGCACAGAAGACGGAGAUUGAGAAGCAGAUCGGUCUGAUGCUGGCAGCAGGGAUUAUAAAGGAAAGCAAUAGCCCAUUCUCAAGUCCGGUGUUAUUGGUGAAGAAGAAAGACGGAAGUUGGAGGUUUUGCGUAGACUAUCGAGCUCUCAAUCGAGUCACCAUAGCAGACAAGUACCCAAUACCAAUGAUCGAUCAACUCUUGGAUGAGCUCCAUGGCGCCGUGGUGUUCUCGAAGCUCGACCUCCGCUCAGGCUACCAUCAAAUUCUGGUAAAGUCUGAGGAUGUUCCAAAAACAGCUUUCCGCACGCACGACGGACAUUACGAGUUCCUCGUCAUGCCAUUUGGGCUCUCCAACGCUCCAGCAACGUUCCAGUCUCUUAUGAAUGAUGUAUUCAGACCUCAUUUGCGCCGGUUUGUCCUGGUCUUUUUUGACGACAUCCUGGUCUACAGCAAGACAAAGGAGGCGCAUGAGAGGCACUUGGAGAUUGUAUUGGGGCUGCUGGAGAAGAACCGUCUCUACGCAAACAGGAAGAAAUGUCACUUUGGUUGUGAGAAGGUAGAGUAUUUGGGUUAUGUGAUCUCAGCACAAGGGGUGGCGGCGGAUCCAGAAAAGAUACGAGCGAUGGUUAACUGGCCAGUACCAAGAGUAGUGAAAGAGUUGAGAGGGUUCCUUGGUCUCACCGGCUACUACAGGAAAUUCGUGCUAGGCUAUGGGAGUAUAGCACGACCUUUGACCUCUCUGUUACAGAAGGAUCAGUUUUUUUGGAACCAGGAAGCAACAGAGGCAUUCAGGGGGUUGAAGGAAGCCAUGACCAGUCCCGGUCUUGGCGAUGCCAAAUUUCGAGGAGCUGUUUGUGGUAGAAUCAGACGCGUCUGGUGUAGGGUUGGGAGCGGUAUUGAUGCAGCAACAGCGGCCUAUAGCAUAUUUCAGUCAAGCGUUGACUGCUCGCCAGAAGCUCAAAUCAGUCUAUGAGAGGGAGCUCAUGGCGAUAGUGUUCGCUGUGCAGAAAUGGAGACACUACCUAUUGGGGCGAAGGUUUGUAGUAAAGACGG